UUAUCACCUGACUGAAAUGGGGGAAGUAGUUUAAGCCUUUCACUGCGCAUGCUUUUACCGGUGACAGUCGCUGUUAUUUGAUUGUGACUUUAGAGAAGAUUAUUCAUUUUGGAAGUGUUUGGAGCUAUGGCAGGCCGUGGUAAAUUAAUUGCUGUUAUUGGUGAUGAAGAUACGUGCACUGGCUUUUUGCUUGGAGGAGUAGGUGAAUUGAACAAAAACCGAAAGCCUAAUUUUCUUGUAGUUGAGAAAGACACAAGUGUAACUGAGAUCGAGGAGACCUUCAGGAGUUUUCUGACACGGGAAGAUAUAGGAAUUAUUCUCAUUAAUCAGUUCAUUGCUGAGAUGAUACGGCAUGCAAUCGACGCUCACAGCCUUUCCAUCCCAGCAGUGUUGGAGAUCCCAUCUAAAGAACACCCUUAUGAUCCUUCUAAGGAUUCGAUCCUGCGCAGAGCAAAAGGCAUGUUCAGUGCAGAAGACAUGCGAUGAAUGAGCCACAACAUUCCUGUAUGGCUGAACUUUGCAGCAUGACUUUUUCUUCAUCCAAAAUGAUUGAUAAAUUAUCAAGAUUGAUAAAUGCAUCUUUUUAUGUUAUUUAAGUAAUAAACAGUGGUCCACGUGUUACUAAAAAUCUUGAGUAACUGCAUGUGUAUGAUAGUUUUGUGUGACUUAAAAAUAUUUCUGCAGUGUAAUUAAUUUUCAUGUGUGUUUUGUUAUGAUUGCACAUUAAUCUUUCACGACCGGUUGUGGGGCUCUGUAGCUUGGACCAUGAGUAAAGCUUUGUCCUGCUUACUAAGUGGUGGCUUGUUCUUCCUAAUCUGUGUAUGUUCCUUUCAUAUGGUAGUACCUGCAAGCUCAACUUCAUCUGCAGCAGUACUUUACCUUGCCCAGCCAUCGCAGUAUGCUUAUUCUGUAUAGCCUUGAGUUAUUUUUGGUCAGACGGCUGCUAGAAGUAGUGCUGUCUUAAUGUUUUUUCAGAAGCUCCCUAGCCCAGCUUUGUUAUAUCUAGUUAUUUUUGUUCUAGUAAAUGUGUACACACACUGAUCAUACAUUGUGUGUAGCAGGAUAUUUAUAAUAGUGUGCACUAGUACUGUAAGGUUUGUAGAUUUUCUUCUGCACAUACCUGCUGGGACUUCCUCAUACCUGGACUGAGAUUGUAAUCGGUUAUUGUUUGAUCAGUGUUCUACACCAGUAAACAAAUUUACAUAAAAUUAUUGCUGAUGUUUUAUUGUAUAUAUUAAAUAUUCUAUUAUUGGGUUCCACAUGAA